AUGCCGCAGAAUGUGUUCUAUGAGGUUGCCGAUCAAGUGGGCGCUAGUUACAAUCCAUGGCUAGGAGUUUACGAAUUUGACUGCUCGGUGCUGCAGACUGGCGGGCUGCCAUCAAUGAUAUUCACGAUUGGUGAAUACGAGUAUAUUGUGCCUUCGACAGAAUAUGUUAUAAAGUUAGACUUGGGCGGCGGCUACUAUGUAUGCGUGUUUGGAGCGGCACCGAUGGAAGCUGGAGGGUUUGGACCAACAUGGAUUCUUGGUGAUGUCUUCAUCCGUUCUUACUGCAAUGUGUACGACGUCGGAAGUAUUAGAAUUGGCUUUGCUGAUUUAUUAGAAUGA